GAACAAUUUGGACACAAAAUAUUCUCUGUCUGAUAUUCAAAGAAAGUCAAUGGAAUGUAUCAGAAGAUGUUAACAUGGCCAAAGCUCCAUGGCUAGAAUACAAUUUGUACAACAUUGAUUAUGACAGCCGUCCCUCUCCUCGUCUCUUCACAACACACCUGCCUACUUAUCUGGUGCCGAAGGAUCUGAGGAAGCGAAGAUCAAAAGUUAUUUAUGUUUUAAGAAAUCCAAAAGAUGUUGCGGUAUCUUAUUAUCACUUUUACAAAAUUGCUGUCAAGCUACAGCAUCUACCAAUAACUUGGGAAGUCUUCUUUGACAUUUAUAUGUCAGGAAAAGUACCUGGUGGCUCAUGGUUUGAUCAAGUCAGGGACUGGUACACCCACAAGGAGGAAUUUAACUGUCUCUUUUUAUCAUAUGAGGACAUGAUUAAGGAUCUACGAUCUGAAGUUCUGAAAAUAUGUCAGUUUCUGGAUGUGAAGCUUGAUGACCAAGCAGUAAACAGAAUUGUGGAGAAAGCAACAUUUAAAAACAUGAAAGACGAUCCACUAGCUAAUUAUAAAUUUCUUCCAGAGGAUAUGCUAGACCAGAGUAAAGGAGGCAUGCUCCGCAAAGGUAUUAUUGGGGACUGGAAAAAUCUGAUGACUGUGGCACAAAGUGAGAGGAUGGAUGAGGUACUUAAAGAGAAGUUGGGGGAUCUGCCAAUCACAUUUAUCUGGGACAUGAAUGAGGAAACAGAAUCCUAACCAGAUUCAGGAUGACAAAUGACAAUUAUGAUCAUGAUCUAGUUCUUGUAUUAUUGGAUAACAAAUUAAUGUGAAUAAAUAGUCAUAUUUUACUAAUUUUCUGUUGUUGCAAUAUUAAAUGGAAAUUAAAAACAGAUUCUAAAUAUAUGGCAAACAAAAGUGUGUACUUAAUUUCAUAUUAUACAGGUGAUUUUACUGCACAAAACACAUUUCAUAUAUAGAACUGAUUGUACUUUGUUAUUAAAGAGAAAACCUUUUAUAACUA